CCCAGGAAUCCCGGAUCCAGGGCCAGAAACAUCUCAACCAGUAGCAGGAACAUGGACCACAGUGCAGAGGGAGCUGCAGUCAGAGCCGAAGUGCCCCAGGAACUGCUGGAAGAAAUGCUUUGGUAUUUUCGUGCAGAAGAUGCGGCUCCUUGGAAUUAUUCCAUCCUGGUUCUGGCAGUCCUGGUGGUGGCCAUAAGCAUGUACCUCCUGAGAAGGAGCAUCCUGGCAAACAGAAAUCGAAAGAAGCAGCCACAAGACAAAGAAACUCCAGAAGACCUGCAUCUAGAUGAUUCCAAAAUGAAGGAGAACAGCAGCCUGGGUAUCCUAAAAGAGACACUUAUCUCAGAGAAGCCGGACUUGGCCCUGGGGGAAACUGAGCUGAAUGAGAAAGACACCUCACUAGUCUUUCUACCAGAAGCACAGGAAACGGAGAGCUAGGGAGCAUUGAGGGGACC